GGGGGGUGCGCGCAUGGUCCGUUCCGGAAUCAUUGCGGAUGGGGACUCUUGGUUGUUUGGAUGGUGAUUAGGAUAGUCGGUAGCAUAACGUUGACUAAGAGAGUACAAUUACCCAUCGGGCUGUAUUGAAUAAUAAGUUUUGAAGGGAGAGAGAGAGAGAGAAAGAGAGAGUGGAAAAAAAAUAAUAAGUUGUUGAUACAAUGUCUGGUUUACUUUACACUCUACUCGGACUCGCCGCCAGUUCGAGUCUACAUUGUGCUGUUAGACGUGAGAUAAGUCCAUGCACAUGCAGACAGGAGGAUUUUUCAAGUCCAGUUGUUGUUAAUCCAGUAUCAGUAACACCAUCCACUGAUCCGGGUAAUGUUGGUGUUAUUGUACCGAGUGGUAGUGUCAGUGGUGCUAGUGGUGGUGGUGUUAAAAAUAUUAAUGCACAUGGUCAUGGUGAAAGAAUUGAAGUUGUGUGCGAAAGAAUGGAGUCAUUUGGACAAGUUGCUGAUGCACUCAGGGGUAAAUUCACUGCUGAACAGCAGAUUACUCUCAGAGUUUCGCACUCACAAUUGCGCGAUAUAUCGCGGCAUGGUUUUAAGGAGCUCAGGAUGUCGAUAACACGGCUUGAAUUGAAUCAUGAUCAUCUGAGUAAUGUAGAUGGGGAAGUAUUCGCUGGAUUGAGCCGCACGCAAUACUUGAGUCUAGCCGAUAACGAAGUAUUGUCGAUACCGAGGCAUAUUUUAUCGCAUCUGUCACUGCUUCGUACACUUGAUCUCAGCAGAAAUCGCAUCAGUCGCAUUGAUUCUGAUGAUUUCAAGUACAAUCCGACACUCCAGCAUCUGUCAAUGGCCGGCAAUUCGAUAUCGGAAAUGAUACCCGGUUCGCUUCCACCACUCGUUCGACAUCUUCAUGUCGGUAGAAAUCAUCUCAAUUCACUGAAUCGAACCCUCCGCGAUCUGAACCAACUGGAGUGGCUAUUCCUAAAUUCAAAUGAACUCACGUCUUUGGACGGUGAACUACCAGCUUCUGGACACAAUCUAAAGAUGCUCUACGCCGCUGACAACGAAUUGACUCAUCUCCCAACGGAAUUUCGUUAUCUCCACAGACUUGAAACAUUAUUCCUUCAACACAAUAACAUUCACAGUCUCGAUGGAACUCUGCAGAAGGCGCGAAGACUAAAGUUCUUAGAAUUGUCUUAUAAUAAUCUGCAAGAGUUAACAGAAGAAGAUUUCGUGGAGGCAGAGAUGCUUGAAGAUCUAGAAUUGGGUCAUAAUUCCCUGAAAUCAUUGGGCGGUGAUACAAGCAUUGGUGGCGAUGGCAACGGUAGUAACAGUGCUCUCUGGCCCCUGAGAUCAUUAAAGUGUUUAAAUUUGACCCACAAUGAGUUGAGUGAAUUUUCAUUCGCCUUGUUACGUGGACUCAAGGAAUUACGUCUCCUCGAUCUUUCUAGUAAUCGAAUUGUCCGUCUCUAUCGUGGACCAACUGAGAAUCUCGUUGAGGAGGAGGGAGAGGAGAUACCUGGUGCUAGUAUCCAAGACAUGCGACUGCAGAAUAAUGAAUUGAGUAGUCUAGAGGGCUCAUUAUUCAUAGGAAUGCGGGAAUUGCAGAGGCUCAAUCUGAGUCAUAAUGCACUGGGGCCAACCAUUGGACCGCAAGAUCUGAGGGGUCUCGAGGGACUGCGUGUCUUAGAUCUUUCUUACAACAGACUUACGACACUUGAGGACACAUCGGAGACGUAUUUGCCAGCUCUAGAGGAGCUCAAUGCAUCCAACAAUCGUCUGAUAACACUAUCAGAACGAGAUUUCCGGGGUUUUCCAGGUUUAUGCUGGGCAGAUGUCAGUGCCAAUGAGAUAAGAUCAUUGACACCGGAAUUGGUCGCUAAUACACGAUGCACAGUUCAUGGAGUGCCCGAUGUAUUACGCAUUUACUUACAAGAUAACCCAGUGUUGUGUGACGCCGGUCUGGCCGACCUAACGGUUGCACUGGAAGUCAACCAUGCAAAGGUCUAUGGGGUCACCAGUAACUGUCCAACGACGAUGAAGACGCCAACUGAAACAACAUCUACCCUGCCUCCAUUACCGCCCACCCUUUUUAUUGCGGCUGCUGCUGCCGCAUCUGGUGGUAAUGUAUCAUUUGCUGCGACACUCGAAUAAAAUUAUGUACUGAGAGGAUGAGAGGAAUGCAGAGAGAUAAUGAAGCUUUAGUUUUUAGGGAUGUUUUAGUGAUUUUACAAACUUUAACGUACGACGAAAAUUUUGUUGGGAAACGUAGGGCGUUCGAUAGAAAAUUCUACCAAAAACGUCAAUGGAAUUCGAUUUCGCUGCACAAAUAAUUCUGUUGCCAUAUUUUCUAGUGAAAUUCCUCGGCUCAAAUGUUCUCAAUGUUUUUUUGUUGGAUUUUGGUAUGAAAGAGAAGGAAAAUAGAGUAGAGAAAACUCGGGAAAUUCAUGUCGAGGAAUUUGUAGAGAGAAUGUCUCGAUAGAAAAUAGUUUCUAUUGGUCAUUUUCUUUAAACAAAAUUCAGUAGAAAUUCAAUCGAAUUUGCUGUUGAAUUCGCUAGGUUUUUCCGUGCUAUUUAUAUUUUUUCGCGCGUGUUAUUAUUCAUUUUUAGGGAUUCUUGACAUUAACUAGAAUGACCCUAAACUUGAGGGAUUCAAUCGCUGAAAUGUGGGGACAAAAUCACACGAAGAAUCAUUGUUCAAUCUAGGUAAUCGGAAAGUGAAGUUAUAUUUUGCGAAUUUUUAUUUGAAAUUAAGGAAGAAUUGUGAAGCAAAAGAUAAAUUUAUCGUUUAAAAUUUUUUCGCAAAUACUGUUAGAAAUUUUGGCUUUUUUUCUGGUAAACUUCCGGAAAAUGUUCAUCACAUUAUAAUUACUAUAAAAUAAUUGAAGGAAAAUGUAAAUUUCGGUUCAAUUAUUCCAUGAAAAUGAAUUAAAAUCAGAAUA